GUGAAACUGCAGAAGAGGCAAAGAUGCUCCCAGCGGCCGGCGGCGUGGGGCGGCCCAACAGCAAGGGGCGGACACAGCUUUCCGGGGUGUCGACCUGGGCAAGCAGAGCUGAUCAGUCAGUCGGACAGUAAAAACAGGUUCUGAAAUGCAGCAAACAGACAAGUGCAGCCCAGGUGCCGCCACCCGGCCUCGGGAAGGCCGCUCAGGGCCCACACCACCUCCCAGCACCGUCCCCUGCCUCCACGUUAUCCCAGCACUCUACCAGAGGGAUCUCCGAUGCAGAGCAGAGUCGGCCAGAUCAGACAAUGACCAUCGUCUGCGAACCACCUGCACCAGCCACACACGGGUUGGCAUGGAAGGACGCACAGGGAGAAGCUGCAUGAUCGCGGACGCACAUCAGGGCGAUGUGCCCACAGCCAAGGGACGCCAAGGAUGGCCAGCCACGCAGGAGCUGGGAGAGGCAGGAAGGACCCUCCCUGGAGUCUUCAGAGAGCCAACGGUCCAGCCAUACCUUGACCUAGGACUUUUGGGCCCCAGGACUUGGAGAGAAUACAUUGGUGUUCAAAGCCACCCAGUUUGUGCUCACCCAAAGGGCAGCCCACCUGCCUCCGCCCUGGCUGGGGCCCCAGGAAGGGGGAUCAGCAUGCACCAAGGCCUGGCCCUGACAAAAGGCAGUGAUGGGUGCAAGAUCAAGGCUCUGCGUGCUAAGACAAAUACGUACAUCAAGACGCCGGUGCGCGGGGAGGAGCCGGUGUUUAUCGUGACUGGCCGCAAGGAGGACGUGGAGAUGGCCAAGCGUGAGAUCCUGUCCGCCGCCGAGCACUUCUCCGUGAUCCGCGCCACGCGCAGCAAGGCCGGCGGGCUGCCCGGUGCUGCGCAGGGUCCGCCCAACCUGCCGGGACAGACCACCAUCCAGGUGCGCGUGCCCUACCGCGUGGUGGGGCUGGUGGUGGGGCCCAAGGGCGCCACCAUCAAGCGCAUCCAGCAGCGGACGCACACGUACAUCGUGACGCCCGGGCGCGACAAGGAGCCCGUGUUCGCCGUGACGGGCAUGCCCGAGAACGUGGACCGGGCGCGCGAGGAGAUCGAGGCGCACAUCACGCUGCGCACGGGCGCCUUCACCGACGCGGGCCCCGACAGUGACUUCCAUGCCAACGGCACUGACGUCUGUCUGGACCUGCUCGGAACGGCCGCCGGCCUCUGGGCCAAGGCCCCCAACCCCGGGCGGCGGCCCCCCGCGCCCACAGCCGGCCUCCGCGGGGAUGGGACCCGGGGGGGCCCCGGGGGGCCCGAGGCCUUCUACGCGGGGGGCCGCGGGGGCCCGCCGGUGCCCGAUGCGGGCCCUGCCAGCCCCUACGGAGGCUCGGGCAACGGGGGCUUCACCUUCGGCGGGGAUGGCCCGGGGGCCCCGUCGGGGCCGCCCGCCCCCGAGGACUGUGACUUCGGCUUCGACUUCCUGGCGCUGGACCUGACCGUGCCCGCCGCGGCCACCAUCUGGGCCCCCUUCGAGCGGGCCGCGCCGCUGCCGGCCUUCAGCAGCUGCUCGGCGGUCAACGGGGCCCCCGCGCCACCCGCCCCGGGCGCCCGGCGCAGCAGCGGGGCCGGCACGCCGCGCCACUCGCCCACGCUGCCCGAGCCCGGGGGCCUGGCCCUGGAGCUCCCGCUGGGCCGCCGCGGCGCCCCGGACCCGGUGGGCGCCCUGGCCUGGCGGCCGGCGCAGGGCGCCCUGUCGUCCUUCUCCGGCGGCGCCGGCUUCUCCGCGGCCACCUCGCUGCCCAGCGGUUCCUCGGCCUCUGCGUGCCCCCCCCUGGACUCCAGUGCCUCCGAGGGCGGCCGCAAGCCGCCGGGGGCCGUGUCGCCGGCCGCCCCGCCCCCCGCCGCCGCCGCCCCCCGCCCCGGCCUUGGCGCGGGAGUGCGUGGUGUGCGCCGAGGGCGAGGUGAUGGCCGCGCUCGUGCCCUGCGGCCACAACCUCUUCUGCAUGGACUGCGCCGUCCGCAUCUGCGGCAAGAGCGAGCCCGAGUGCCCGGCCUGCCGCACGCCUGCCACCCAGGCCAUUCAUAUCUUUUCCUAGCGGCUCGGCUGGCCGCCGCAGGCCCGGGGGGCGGCGCGGAGGGGGCGGCGCGGCGGGGGCGGCGGGGCCAGCAUUCACAGACGAGCUUUAACCUGGUCCCAGGCGUGGAGACGGCUGCCCGACGGCAUCUCAGUUCUUAACGAAUAAACAGUAUUGAGUCGACAGGUUAAAAUAAAACAGAGAAAAGGUCUGCUUGCACUUUUUAUUUAAGACUCCCCGCCCCCCAGGGUGAUCUUUUUAAGAAAAAAAAAAAAAAAAAUAUAUAUAUAUAUAUAUAUAUACACACACACGAUUUUUACAACUCCCCGUUGUCCUUUGGGACUUGGAUUUCUGACUUGACAGCCCUGGCUUCGGAGGUGGCCGCAGCCUCUGUGAAUCCCCUCCAGGAGAAUGGCGACAUUUUUACUCCCUCUCGGGGGGCUAACCUGUUACCCUUUUGUAUGUCGGUGGGGGGCGGGACAGGCUGGAGGGGGCGGGGUGGGGGGGCAGGGGAGGACCCAACCAGAAAUUUCUAACUUUUUGUUUUUAAUUAUUAAUCCCCUUCUGCUGUGGUUUCUUUUGUCAGUUUUUAAAUUUUUUUAAAUUGUGUUUUUUUUAAACUUUUACUUUUUACCUCUUGUGUAUAUGUAGGGAAUUUAUAGGGAAAUAUGUACUUUAUGGAAUAAAUUUUAAGAACUAAAAUAUAUUUUAUUUUAAAUAAAGUAAUGGACCUUUAAUCUUACACAGCUAAAUUACUGAUUAUAUAUUUGCUGAGCUGACUUAAGGGUUCAGAAAAUUGUAUCAAGAGUUUUAUUUUUUGACUUCAAAGCCUUCUUAAUAAAGUCUUUUUACUACACGUGA